UGUGUGUGUUCAGUCAGCAUGGCGUCUCUCAGCCUCCUGCUGCUCAGCACUGCUCUGAUCCACACCGUCCAGUCUCUACCCGCAGCUCGCGGUGGGGGGCGUGGUCUGGAUGUGUCAGUGGGCGUAGCCAGACGACAGCGCAGAGACCUCCGUAACCUGCUGCCUUAUGAGGACCAGAUGAUGUCAUAUCCUGCCACUCAGGGAAGGAGUGGUGUCAAUGACCUGUACUACCAAUCAGAUGACUGGGGUGGGCGGGGCUUGGAUCAGGCCCUGCAGCGAUUGGUGGAAAGGGACCAGAGGCGGGAGCAAGAAGAGGAGCAGCGAGCAGCCUACCUGGCCGCUCUGUUCCGCCUGUUAAGUGAGGCGGAGAGAGCAGGAUUGGUUGGCCCAGGUGAUGUGGAAGUGGUGGAGGAAGAGGACGAUGAAGAGGAUGAUGAGGGGCCACCGGGCGACUUCCAGGGCCCGGCCCUACCAGACUACGAUGAGACAGGGAGGGGGCUCAACAUGGGGAGGCCCCCGGCUGCCUGGUGGGGCCUCCUGGAGCCCCAGCUGGCUCAGGCCCUGCUGGACAGGAUGGAGCCUCAGAUGGCUCAGACUCUGCUGGAGAGAGCGAGACAAGAGAGGCUCCAACAGGCUGGACGAGUUUCAUCAGGACUGAACAGAGGAGACCAGGACGCUCUGAGACGUCUGGUUGCUAGGUUACUGUCCAGCAUCGGCCCUAACAGCGUCCCAGUGAUGUCGACUGGUCGCCGAUCGAGGAGGGACCUGUCUGUCACAGCAGCUGAGCCUGUUAGCUCCGCCCACAGGAGAACCCGCCGUUCCCUUGAUGACAUAGCUCCUCCGUCACCUAGCAACGACCCCCCACUGUUCAGAGUGAAGAGGCUGGAGGAGGAGGGUGACGAGGAGGAGACGCCCCACCCCCCGGCUGCCGGGCUCCAGAGGAUGAAACGCAUCGAUACCAUGGCAACCACCGCCAUGGAAGAACUGAAUCAUGGGAGUCAUAGGCGUCGGAGGAGAGCUGCCCUGAACUAUGACCCCCAAAACCUGAUUGAUCAGAUAGUAGAAUACAUGAGGGAGUAA